AUGCCGUUCCAGCCACUCAACCUUGUGCCGCGAGGCCGACAGCCCGCUGACUUGAAUGCAGUGAGGCCAGAUACGAUUGGAGAGAUGCAGACGGAUGACGUACAAGAGGUGGACUCUGAGACAUCGCUCUUGUCUAUACUUAAUUUGUGGACGGAAAAUGUUACGCUCGCCAAAUCGAUCGUGCAGGACCUGCAGGUCUCGAUAUACGAGUUCAACCCGUUCAUGAGACUCCCGGAUGAGCUACGAAAGACGAUAUUCGAGUACGUCCUCACAAGUGGGAAGCCGAUACUGCCUCACCUCUGCGAUGAGGAGGGACAAGACGAGCAGCCGAAAUUUCACGACGACAACGCUACCGGCCAUGGUUCUGUUUUUAUGUUGACGAGCCUAACGCGUGUCAGCAAGAAGCUCAGGAAGGAGAGUCUACCUGUUUUCUACUCGACAAACACGUUUGCGGUGGGACCAGACACUUUGACCUAUUUUGCCUAUCUCGAAAGUGUCGAACGACUCAACUGGGUUCUUCAUGUCAACCUCGCCAUUGCCGUCCAACCCGAAAAGUACGCUGCGUGGGUAUUGCGUUGUGUGAACCAGUUCGAUGAAGAAGUCGAAAGCCACGAACGGAACGGCCUCGUAUCGGUGAGGAAUGCACGUCCGAAAAUGCGCCUUUGGGAUGAUUUUACACCCGCGAUCUCCACGGAAGCGGAUACAGAUGCAGAUGGCAGCGACAAGUUGAGAAGGAAGCCACUGACUGCUUUGGACUUGACGCUUCAUCCGCGCUACCUCUUUGGUGGAUUUAGUGACCUGAGCCUGGCUAUCCUUCUUCGAACGCUGAGCACCGCACUACCACCAGAAUCGAAGCUCAAGAGUCGGAUCGUGCUGCCAGUGUCGAACGCUAGCGUCUUCGGCAUUGACUCCGGCUUGAGGUGGUUCUCGGCUGUGGUGAAGGGGUUGGGUAUGGAACUUCGGUUUGUCGUACGCCCUGACACCGAGACUCUUGAUAAUCGGAUGGUCAUGCUUGAGUGGGACCGAAAGUUUCAAGGCCAGAAUAUCGUCACUAUGGCCGGACCGGAAGAUGAGCCUGACGAGGAGGUUAUGAAACGUGCCUUGGAGAUGUUCCCUGGGUUGGAGGCGAUGCGGCGACCGAGGCUAAGUUGCUACUACCGGAGAUCAUGCCACUCGCCGUCGAUUACGUGGUACGACAUGGAGACAAUGGGUGGUGGUCGAGGGUGA